AUGAAGAGACUGGUAACAUUUCCAGGCCAAGGAAGGCCAGUUUUAGGCCAUGUUUUUAAUUCUUAUUUAGCACAGCGUAGUCGAUUAUCGAGUCUGAAAUUGUCUGAACGAGCAAGAGAAACAGCGGCUGUGGGCGCUCAAAUCGAGCAGAAACCUACAGAUCCAGCGUCGAUCGCAGCAUGCUCAUAUCUGCUUUACGAGACGUUUUUAGAGCAUGCAAAGAGUGAAAAAUCAGAAUCGUCUGACUUGGUUUUCUUGGGCCACUCUCUGGGCGAGUUGUCGUGUCUGGCCGCUGGAAAUGGGCUUUUCACAUUGCACCAAACCAUGGAGAUCGCCACAUAUCGUAACGAACUUAUGAUGAAAGCCGCAGGAAAUUUGAACUACGGCAUGUGGGCGAUUUCGGUGCCCAAAGCUCGGGAUUUGGCUCGAGAAGUGCGAUCUUGCGUCUUCGCAAUGGGAAACACUAUGGCGCUCGCCAACGUCAACACUGGCCAGCAGUGCGUCAUAACAGGGACAGAUACCGAUUUCCAACGAUUGGAACCGCGGCUGCGCGAAACAAUCGAUGGUCGUUACAGAAUAACCCAGCUGGAGAAUCCCUAUCAUAUCCCGUUCCACAACCAACAGGUGCUGGCUCCCGUAGCUGAACCGCUUUUAGAUUUUAUGUGGAAAAUACUGAAAAAACAAGGUCUAGCCAGCCAAUGGGAGCUUAGCCACGAGGUGGUUUCGAACCUUACCGGAACUUGCGUCCGUACCGUGUCGCAGGCGCUGGAAAAUUUCGCCCACAGCAGCUGUAACGUCGUCGAAUUCGUGAAGUGUUGCGAAACUGUGAGUAAGCUCAAUGUCACAGAAAUCGUUAGCAUCGGGCCUGGAACUCAUAUAGGCAAGCUUGUGGCCACGAACUGUCAUAUUCCAAAUGCUCGGUACUGGGAUGAGCAUAUGGGAAACAAUUCGACCGCCGAUUUGAAAGCACUUUAG